AUGGUUCUGAGCGGGGCCCUGUGCUUCCGAAUGAAGGAUGCGGCAUUGAAGGUGCUUUAUCUGCAGGAUAACCAGCUGCUGGCCGGUGGGGUGCAUGGAGGGAAGGCCGUGAAAGGCGAGGAGAUCAGUGUUGUCCCCAAUCGGUUUCUGGACGACAGCCUUUCUCCAGUCAUCCUGGGUGUCCAGGGAGGGAGCCAGUGCCUGUCGUGUGGGACGGGGCAGGAACCGACUCUGAAACUAGAGCCAGUGGACAUUAUGGAGCUCUACCGCAGCCCCAAGGAUUCCAGGGGCUUCACCUUCUACAGGCGGGACACGGGGCUCACCUCCAGGUUCGAGUCGGCUGCCUUCCCGGGCUGGUUCCUCUGCACGGUGCCUGAAGCAGACCAGCCUCUCAGGCUCAGCCAGCUCCCGGGGGAUGCCAGCUGGGACCACCCCAUCAUGGACUUCUACUUCCAGCAAUGUGACUAG